GACGGAGGUGAGACCAGACCACAGCUCCAGGGUGGUGCACCACCUCACAUCACGCAAGGAAUCGGCGGAAGCUCUUCAGACUGCCCUUGCAAGAAUGCCCUGGAACGGCCGCCAGCAUGGAAACUCGUAACAACUUCACCGUCGAUCACAAGGUGGAUUUGCUGAAAUACCUCAUUCGCACCUCUCACACCUGGACCGACGCGGACCUCGCCGCCUUUUUCACGCACGUGCAGAACACCUUUGCCGGCUUCAAGGGCACCAAGUGGGAGGAUCAAGAUUUGGAGACGAAGCUGCGGAAAGAGGAGCGUUUGUGGUUGGCAGAAUGUGCUGGCAGUCGUCCACGCCGGCGAGGGCACGAGAAGGGCUCGUACUAUGACAAUGCCAUGACCACGUGGAAGGAGAUCUGGAAUGAGCUCUUGAUCAAAGACUGGCAGAAUGAGGUUGAUUGCGGACGAACAUAUGACCAGGUGCCUGCAUCGUUGCGGGACAAGUUGGUGUUUCCCACUCGCCCUUCUGCUUCCACCACAAGCUCCAAGUCACCCUCCGGCACGCCUCAGGCCCCACUCAUGACUGCGGCGGACUCACAGAAGCCGGCCGACGUUGUGCUCGAGUUCGAUGAAGACAAAUUAAAAAGCAUCAUCGACAACGCAGUGCAGGAAGCUCUUCGCAGGGGCGACAAGGAUACAGCUCUUGCGGUGCAGACAGUGUAUAGGGACUCGCAAGAGAUCUGGGAGCUCAGGUAUCUGCUCGAGCAGAUUUUUAAGCAAACUGCGAACGCCGAGCAGACCUCCCGCUUUCACAAGUACAUUCGCGCGGCGAAGCGCAAAGUCAAAUUGCAAAAGGCACAGCAGCAAGCCGACAAAGUGCGGCAACAAGGCGACCGACGAGCGCACAAAUUCGCACCCGUCGCCAAUAUGGGCAAAGGUAGUAACAGUGUCGCGCCGAUCGAGGCUAAGCGGCCAGACCACGCUCCUGCGCCUGCUGUUCAGCAGAAGCUCGAGCCCCUAUCUCCCGCGGACGCUGGUCCUUCGCAGUGGCCAGCUGCUGAAAUCGACGAAAACAACGCCGGCAUGGCCGACACUGUACACGCAGAUACUCCAGAUGCUCAGCUGGCGGCCGAGGAGAAGAGUGCUGAGCAGCAGGCGACUCGCACGGCGAAAACAAAUGGGAGCUCUGCAUCGGCCGAAACUGCUGUCACGUCAGAUAGUGGCUACGAUACUACUGACAAGCAACCCCAUCGCGACCCAUUGGUGACCAAGAUAUUGGGCAACUUGCAGCACGAGCCAUCUGUGAAGAGGUUGUUGCGCUAUGACCGAGCAUUGCCAACAUCAGCAAACAUCAAGCAGCUGCGCAAGCGGGAAUCAGCUUUGGAGGCUAUCAAGGACAUCAUCACUGCCCAUCCCGCCGCAAAGUCUGAUCUCACGGUACUUGCAAAGCGGCUGCAGGAGCGAAGCGCUCGCGAAACCGCGGCUGACGGCGAGCAAGCGACUGCUGGUGCCGAACACAGCGAAGAUGAAGGCUCAGACCACGGCCUCGAGGAGCAAGAAGCAGAGGGCGUCACUCCGCAGACCCGACGCUCUUUACGGCCGCGUCGCUCAAUUGGAGAGGAGAGCAGCGAGCAAGUCAGUUCUGAGCGCCGCCGCACCCACAAGUGGCCAUGUCCAAUGGCCCAGGAAGCUGGCUGCGAUCAAUGGUUCAGCUCCUCUGGACAUGCCAUUCGUCACGCAAACAUUCACAGCGGCGUGAAAGACUACAACUGCCCCGAAUGCGACAAAGCGUUUGCUCGCAAGGACAACAUGAUGGAGCAUUUUAGAGGAGUGCACAAGAAUCGUGUAUCUUCCAAGAAGCGCGGUCGUCGAUCUUCCGUCUUGUCUGAUAGGGAAGUUGGAGAAGACGCCGAUCGUAUCGCGGCUGAACGCGCAGCAAAGCGGCAGAAGAAUUCAGAGAAGACCUUCAGAAAUGCACGAGCUGCUAGAGACAGCUCGGUCGAAUCUGCAGGUACAACUGACUCUUCCUUGACGGACCUUACCUCCUCCGCCGAGGACCGUCGCCCUCCAGCGGCAGGCAGUUCUGGUAGCGGCACAAUGACACAACUGACGCAUGCUCUCGAACUUUCCGCCAACACUCCCCACGCGAACCUCGACCACGCUGUCAAAGCGACUGCUGUAGGCCUGGCUAAAGAUCCGGCAACAUUACUCGCUCGUUUGGAAGCUAAGAUGGAUGCUCUUCUUACUCGCCAGAAUACUGCUCCAGCCCACUUGUCCUCCUCCGGCACCAGCACCCCAAACGGCACACAUACGCAACCCGGCGCCGAACAUGCGAUCUGGUCCUCUGCAAUGAGCCUCCUCAACAUCGCCACUUCCCUCGAUCACAACGCCUUGGACGGUCAGAGCCCCGAGCUUGUUCAGUUCGUCGCUCGCUUGACCAAGACUGCCGCAGAGGCCGUCAUCCGUGCAUCAGAUAGUGCGAAGCAACUUGCCCUGACUGCGAAGAGUGUUAGCGAGAUGCUGGAAGAUUACGAUGGAUUUGACGAGCAAAUUUCGCCUAUUCCCAAGAGUCCUAUUCGCGAGAGUGACUGAUUGAGAUGACGGCAUGCGGAUACUGCGGCUACGUUCUUCUCCUUACGGCUUACGUCUUUUCUACUGUUUCUCUUUCCUUUGGAGCGUUACGAAAGCGAGUACACACGGUGGCGUCUGAGAGCAUUGAGAGGACCCCGUGGAUGUGCAUAAGGCAGGAACGGUACGAUUAAUGGGUACAGUUAAUUCAAGGAUCAAAUGUCCGGGCAGAGCACGUUGUCUGGAGAAGAGAAACAACCUGGUGUCGAUGAGGGAAUGCAUCGCUGGUGUGCCGGCUGGUUGCUGGCUGCUUUACUACUGCGUGCUUACCUCUGCACAGAGACAAGGAUGUUGCUCUUAGUGUUUGGUCCGUUACAUUGCUGUCGUGUAUCAUAUUUCAGUCUCCGAC